AUGGUCCGGAAUUACAUACGUAACAAAGCUCCUCCAGCCUAUAGCAAAAACGAUUUGAAAGAGGCAGUACAAGCUGUGCAACGAGGUACUCUAACAUUAUAUAGAGCUGCAUUAUUGUACAAAAUACCCAAAGCUACUUUAUUCACUCAUGUAAAGGGUAAACGGGGUAUAAAAAGUAAUACGGGGGGUAGGGCACCAGCUCUGCCUUAUGAUGUAGAACAAAAAUUUUCCAACAGUAUUAAAAGACUCGAAAAAUGGGGUAUGGGACUAUCAAAGAGAGAAGUUCUUCAACUAAUUGGGCGGUAUGUGAAAGAAAAUAAUAUAGUAACCCCUUUCAAGAAUGGAGUUCCUGGCAAUGAUUAUUUCGUCAGAUUCACGAAAGCAUUUCAUUUAAGCCAGAAAAAACCGCAAUCUGUGGAAGUGGCUCGAAAGAGGUCUAUGGAUCCAUUUGUUAUGUAUGAUUACUUCAAUAUCCUCAAACAGCAUAUUGAAAAUAUCCCAGCAUCGCAAAUUUAUAAUAUUGAUGAAACUGGUUUCUGCCUGGAUCCAUCCCGGAUAAAAGUUGUUGGAGAGAAGGGUAGAGCAGCCCAUAGGACAACAAGUGGUCCAGGACGAGAUAAUAUAACAGUUCUCCUUGGGGGAAACGCUGCAGGUGAAAAACUUCCUCCACUCGUAGUGUUCAAGGGUGAACACAUAUGGAAUAGUUGGAUUCCAACUGAGGAAUACCCGGGAAUGACUUAUUCAGCCACUAAAAAUGGGUGGAUGGAAACGGAAACCUUUCAAAAAUAUUUUGAAAACAAUUCUUUACCAAAUAUUGGCCAAGACAGACCUACUGUAUUAAUUUAUGAUGGUCACACGUCUCACAUUAGUAUUUCUUUGAUAGAAAAGGCAAUAGCUAAUGAUGUGAUUAUAGUGAAACUUCCGCCUCAUUCCAGCCAUCUGCUACAACCUAUGGAUUUAUGUGUUUUUAAGUCAUUAAAAAUGGCAUGGGAUGCAGAGCUCAUAAAAUGGCAGAGACAAAACUAUGGUACGAAACUACCAAAACCUAUGUUUUGUACCAUUUUAUCAAAAAUCUGGUCACAAGUAAACCCUUCGUUACUUAUCAAAGGAUUUGAGAAAGGGGGGAUAUAUCCUUUUAAUAAUGAGGUCAUUCCCGUUGAACAUUACGAUCCAGAAGCAUAUAAAAGGUGGUGUGAUUCAAACUGCAAAAAUAACAAUCCGGAAGAAGCACAAGUAGCGCAACCAAAUUUACGAUCAACAUUAGAAGAGCGUUUUAAUUUGCCAUCCACUUCAACAGUACCACCAAUAACUCCGCAGACAUCGUCAGUAAAUUCAAUAAAUCCGGAAAUGCCAUCGACCAGUUCAGAACACCAGAAUCCGCCAGUUAACAACACAAAAAGUUUUGAGAGCAUUCUCUUAGAACAGCUAAGACAGAUGCCAAAACCAGCGAAAUCGAUCAGAAAGAGAGUAUGUAUAGGUGCCGAAGUUAUUACAUCCUUGGAAGCAGUUGCUAAAUUGAACGAGAAAGCAAACAAAAUUAAAAAACCAGAGAAGUCGACAACUAAGAAAGAUGGUAAAAAAUUGAAAAGAAAGCAAGUAUACGAAGAAGACACAGAUGAAGAUAGUUUUGAAGAAAUGGAAGUCAAUACUUCAGAUGAUAAUUUUGACUUAGACGAUGAAGUAAAUGAUUUGCGUGAAGAAGAAGAAUUCGUGAAAUACCUGGAGAAAGAUCCUCAAGAACUGAAAAUAGGGGACUGGAUUCUAGUAAAAUUUGCUACUAAAAAAUCAUUCAAAUUUUAUGUAGGGCAAGUAAUAGAAGUAGAGCCAUGUUUAGAAGCAAAAUUUGCAAGACGCUCGGGAUCUUCAUCACAAUUUCAUUGGCCAGAUACUCCAGAUGUCUCAGUUAUAAGAAGAGAUGAAAUACAACACUGUUUGCCUGCCCCAGAUAUUCACAGAAGAGGACACUUCCAUUUCAACAUCACAUUUGAGCAAAAUAUAUCCUAA